GGUCCUCUUCUAUUGAAAACCACAGGCUGUCUCGGGGUCUUCCUAAGGUCAGCCCGAGUGAUGGGGAUAGGGGGAAACUGUGGACCACUUGGCCAGCCAGACCAUGGGCAAUGCCAAAAAGUUCAAUUGACAAACAUUUUACCUCAUUCUGCACAAUGCAUUUUUUUUAUGAGAGCACACUUCACAUGCAGAAUUGUAUAACUUUUAGAGUUGCCAGCGUGGCCACUUUCUGAAGGUGAAUGAAGGGAUGGUGGCUAGAACAAACCCUUGACGCAGUGAGGCAAAGCCUAAAGCCUCUUCCUGAGCCACAGCAUUGCAGAUGGUGACACAUUGCUGUAGUCUAAACAGGAUGGGGCAUACUGUGGGCUAGUCAUGGUAGACUACUAAACGCCUUCCUCUUCAAUGGAUGAUCCAUAAUUUGCAGAGGAGCUAACACACCUAGAGGAGGCUCAGAGAGAGUUGAGAUAGGCUAGAUGUAAGGCCUAGAUUUCAAUCAUUAUUUGAGUUAGUUAACUUUUUUGACAUCUCCUCUGUUAGUCUUUUGAGUUGCCACUUGCUAAUUGCCAGGAAGUGGACUAAUGGAGCCUGUUUGAACAAAGAGAAAUGAGCGCAUCUGGAAGGAUGUUAUUUGCGACAAUAUUGUCAUGGUGCCCACCUUCCUUGCGCGGACAGUUGGGACUGCGCGCCACAUGAGUCAACAGGUGAAGAAACAGUCCGUGCAAUUUGGAAUCCUUGGGUUAGGGUUAGAGUUUAUGGACGUCCCAAGGAUCCCCAAUAGCACUCACCGUGAAGAAACCCCUGGCUGCUGUGUUUUUUUGGGUUGGGUUGCAGACUUGCUGGUGUCGAUGUCAAGUUUUGGUGGCUAAAUAACACGUACUAAUAAAUGUGAAGAAAAAAGUUUCCUUAAAAAAAAGUGGCUUUAGCCUAUAAACUAUGAUUUAUUUUCAUAAUUUGUCUUCUACGCCAUGGCGGAUUGAGGCCUCAACCGAUGAGAGAUACUUUUACACUCCACAAGCGGUUAUUUAAGUAAGAGUUUACAGCCCAACAAUAGUUUGAAGACUUCAAGGCUGUCUUUGAGGACAGUUGAACAUUUUACCCUCUCUAUUCGCCUGGUUGAGAACUGUGUGUAGUUCGAGAGCACUUGAGAGAAUGGGAGAGCAGAGGCUGUGAGACAAAUUGUUGUUUUAGAACUGGGCGGCGCUCUCUCUCUAUCCCGCCACUCGACUGACGUGCCCGAACUUGUACGACCGACACCUGAUCCCUUCGGUCGCUGCAGACUAGGCACGGAAGUAUCAAAGUUACCCAAUAAACAUACAAAUGCGAUGCAAUUAAUGAAGGACUCGGUGGAAAAGUAAGAGCUUACAAUUAUAUCACAGGGGAAUAGCGCGGAAUGCUGAGAAUGAUACGAGUUUGAUGGGACGGGAGAAUUUGGAGCUACAUACCCAAAUGGCCAAUUCUCUGCAGAGCUGUUCAAAUGUGGUUUUCACGUUGUGAUUACGCACCGCGUUCUGGUUCAGAGGAAGGAUAGCCUACUCAUGCUUUCUGCAUGAAAACACCUGAAUAAGGUAGCCUAUCCAAGAUGAUCAAUAUCUUUUAUACCAAUCAUUGCAUUUAGCAGAACCAUGUGCUCUCAACAUUGAGUGUAGGUUACCAUUGACCGUCAACUGUAAAGAGACUACAGGUUCCAAUGGAGCACAGGAAGCAGACGUUGAGUUCGCCCAAGGGCUUCGUCCCAGUGUUUGAGAUGCGCGGAACUCGUCCGAUACUUUUUCUACUAGUGCUGAUGUUUGUAGGGUUGGAUGGGGUCGGCGGACUCCCUACGUGUAGAAGGACAACGGAAGCUGGUGGGGGGUCUGUGGAGUCCCUGCGUUCUGUGAAGCAUCAUCCUGCGACAGGAGCGGCAUUGAGCCGCUCCAAACGCUACGCCAUCAACCCACUGGGACACAAGUGGAAGCAUUUCAACCUCACCUACAAGAUCGUGAAGUUUCCCAACACGCUGAACAAAGACAGCACCCGCAAGGCCAUCAGCAUUGCGUUCUCCAAGUGGAGCGACGUGUCCCCUCUCUACUUCGCUGAAAUCACAAACCCCAACAAGAGUGCUGACAUUAUCAUCGGCUUCUACACGUGGAACCACACAGACUGCUGGUGGUCUCCAUUGCACCCCUGUUUUGAUGGGUUGAACGGGGAGUUGGCCCAUGCCUUCCUGCCCCCGCGCGGGGAGAUCCACUUUGACAACCACGAGUUCUGGAUCCUGGGGAAGUCCCGCUUCAGCUGGAAACAAGGAGUAUGGUUGAAUGACCUGGUACAGGUGGCGGCUCAUGAGAUCGGGCACGCCCUGGGACUGUGGCACUCCCGUGACCCCCAGGCCCUGAUGCACCCCAAUGCCACCUACACGGGCCAGAGGAACAUUGCCCAGGACGACAUCUGGGGAAUCCAGCGCCUCUAUGGAUGCACGGACAAGAAGCGCGUGUGUGAUCCAUGGGCUCGCCUUGGCUUCUGCGAAAGGAGGAAGAGCUUCAUGAAGAAACACUGUGCCCGACGAUGUGACCUCUGCUAUGAGCCUCUUGAGGCCGUUGCCACGCCAACUCCACUGCCUGCCAACGUCAAGGUCAAGAUGGUUCCUCGUGGAAAGGUUGUGGGCUUCCGCUGUGGGACGAAGAAUCCUAGAUCGCCUCCCAAAGUCAGCUGGUACAAGGAUGGAGAACAGCUCCUGAUCUCUAUCCCCGGCUACAUCAUCAUGAAGGGCCGCGACCUCCGCAUCGUCGCCAACGAGUUUAACGAGGGCACUUACACCUGUCGCGUCCAUCGUAGUGGCAAUGUGGUCUCUGCAAACUCCUGGGCCAUCCGGCUGAAGCCUGAACAGCCCUCCAACAGUUGAGCUGAACGGAGUGAGUGAGGGAAGGGAAGAAUAAGAGCUGGGAAGGAAAGUAUGAGGCAUGGAGGAAAAGAGGACGAACCCACAGCUGUGCCACAUGUGCCUCUCCGCUAGCCGUAGUGGAAUACAGGUGGCAACAAUUAUAAUAUUAAAAGUGAACUCAGCAAUUUGACAUCAUCAUACACAGCAUGACGACUUCCUGCUUACAAAUAUUAACCUGAUGAUUCAAAUCUGCCAAGACUGCCACAUAUUGGACCUUAUUCACUCAGGGGUUGUGAGCUCUGAUUCAGAGGGUGUCAGGCGGUGCGUGUAGCUGGUGCAUGAAGUCAGGCGUAGGAGAGCAGAUAUGAGUGAACAACUCACUUUACUUGAGAAAAUAGCACAAAGUAACAAAACCAAUGUGCGAACAAUAAUGGUUGCCACACAACACGGGUGAACACAGCACCCGGGGGGAAAAAGCCGGAAACGUACCGAUCUUAACAAUAAACAAUCACACACAAAGACAUGGGGGAAACAGAGGGUUAAAUACAUGACCAGUAAUUGGGAAAUGAAAACCAGGUGUGUUGGAAACAUAGACAAAACCAAUGGAAAAUUAAAAGUGGAUCGGCGAUGGCUAGAAGACCGGCGACGUCGACCGCCGAGCGCCGCCCGAACAAGGAGAGGAACCGACUUGGGCGGAAGUCGUGACAGAGGGGUUGGGUUAAAUGUGGAAGACACAUUUCAGUUGAAGGCAUUCAGUUGUACAACUGACUAGGUAUCCUCCUUUCCCUAAAAUAAAAAACCCCCACAGAAAACCUUCCUUAAGUUUAUCCUUAGAAUCAACAGAUAAUUGACCAAUGGAAACAACCCUCUAGUCUAGAGCCAAUAGUGUCAGUCUUGGCAGAUUGAACCUCUGUUGUUGUUAAUGUCUGUAAACAGGAAGUGUCCCCGGUUUGUAGGAUGAUGUCAUAUGGCUGAGUCUACCUUUAAGCGGGCUGUACUCUGACAGUACUCCCCAGGUCAUAAAUGGAAUAGACCCCAGCACUCAACCUUAAACUUCGUUCAUCAUCAAGGACAUCAGACUUCAAGAUCCAGACAGAAAAGACUAGCUUUGCUCACUCUUUAAAUGUGGUGACUGUCAUUUCUAUGCAGUUGUUGUGUUGAUAUAUCUCACUUUGUAAAAUGUCUAGGACAGAGUUGAUAUUUCUAGUAAUAUGUUUUGAGAAAAAUGGUGGACAUAUGAUGCAGCUAUCACUGUGUGUACAGUACUUAUGGAAAGUAUUCUCUCCCUUGCACUGUUUUCUAUUACUUGCCUUACAUUUAGAUGGAAAAAUUCAUUAAAUUGGGAUUUUUAUUCACAACAACCUUUCAAAAAAGGUAUUUAUUCACACCCCAGAGUCAAUACUUGGUGGAAGCACUUUCAGCGGCAGUUUUACCCACUUUUUGAAUGUCUCCACCAAAUUUGCUGUCACAGUACUGUCACAGAUUUUGAUGCAGAUUUAAGUCAGAACUGAUACUAGGCUAGGGCACUCAAGCCCCGUUUAUACCUGGUUCAAACAUGCAUCCUGAUCCUGUCCACAUUCUGAUUGUGCCGACAUUUUCAGACAUGCGUCUAUAAACUAUUAAACUGUCUUAUCCGUUGUUGUGACGUGACUAUCAUUAAUGCGAUGACUGUUAUCUUAUCAAAUCAAUGAAUUAUUAUUUAAUUAGUACGUGAUUAAAUUACUCAUGUAACAAUUAACUCAGUAACUUGGGGCACCAGGGGGAAAACAUAUUUUACGAGUUACUAUCUCCCGAAUUAAACUCUUAUAAGAUACAGUUAAAGUCGGAAGUUUAUAUACACUUAGGUUGGAGUCAUUAAAACUCAUUUUUCAACCACUCCACAAAUUUCUUGUUAAGCAAGUCGGUUAGGUCGGUUUUAGCAAGUCGGUUUUAGCAAGUCGGUUAGGACAUCUACUUUGUGCAUGACACAAGUAUUUUUUCCAACAAUUGUUCACAGACAGGUUAUUUCAAUUAUAAUUCACUGUAUCACAAUUCCAGUGGGUCAGAAGUUUACAUACACUAAGUUGACUGUGCCUUUAAACAGCUUGGAUAAUUCCAGAAAAUCAUGUCUUUAGAAGCUUCUGAUGGGCUAAUUGACAUGAUUUGAGUCAAUUGGAGGUGUACCUGUGGAUGCAUUUCCAAGCCUACCUUCAAACUCAGUGCCUCUUUGCUUGACAUCAUGGGAAAAUCAAAAGAAAUCAGCCAAAACCUCAGAAAACGAAUUGGAGACCUCCACAAGUCUGGUUCAUCCUUGGGAGCAAUUUCCAAACGCCUGAUGGUACCACGUUCAUCUGUACAAACAAUAGUACGCAAGUAUAAACACCAUGGGACCACGCAGCCGUUAUACCGCUCAGGAAGGAGACACGUUCUGUCUCCUAGAGAUGAACGUACUUUGGUGCGAAAAGUGCAAAUCAAUCACAGAACAACAGCAAAGGACCUUGUGAAGAUGCUGGAGGAAACAGGUACAAAAGUAUCUAUAUCCACAGUAAAACGAGUCCUAUAUCGACAUAACCUGAAAGGCCGCUCAGCAAGGAAGAAGCCACUGCUCCAAUAAAAAAAGCCAGACUACGGUUUGCAACUGCACAUGGGGAUAAAGAUCGUACUUUUUGGAGAAAUGUCCUCUGGUCUGAUGAAACAAAAAUAUAACUGUUUGGCCAUAAUGACCAUCGUUAUGUUUGUAGGAAAAAGGGGGAGGCUUGCAAGCCGAAGAAUACCAUCCCAACUGUGAAGCACGGGGGUGGCAGCAUCAUGUUGUGGGGGUGCUUUGCUGCAGGAGGGACUGGUGCACUUCACAAAAUAGAUGGCAUCAUGAGGUAGGAAAAGUAUGUGGAUAUAUUGAAGUAACAUCUCAAGACAUCAGUCAGGAAGUUAAAGCUUGGUCGCAAAUGGGUCUUCCAAAUAGACAAUGACCCCAAACAUACUUCCAAAGUUGUGGCUAAAUGGCUUAAGGACAACAAAGUCAAGGUAUUGGAGUGGCCAUCACAAAUCCCUGACCUCAAUCCUAUAGAAAAUUUGUGGGCAGAACUGAAAAAGCUUGUGCGAGCAAGGAGGCCUACAAAUCUGACUCAGUUACACCAGCUCUGUCAGGAGAAAUGGGCCAAAAUUCACCCAACUUAUUGUGGGAAGCUUGUGGAAGGCUACCCGAAACGUUUGAUCCAAGAUCAACAAUUUAAAGGCAAUGUUACCAAAUACUAAUUGAGUGUAUGCAAACUUCUGACCCACUGGGAAUGUGAUGAAAUAAAUAAACGCUGAAAUAAAUCGUUCUCUCUCUACUAUUAUUCUGACAUUUCACAUUCUUAAAACAAAGUGGUGAUCCUAACUGACCUAAAACAGGGAAUUUUUACUUGGAUUAAAUGUCAGGAAUUGUGAAAAACUGAGUUUAAAUGUAGUUGGCUAAGGUGUAUGUAAACAUUGGUCUUAUUCUGGGUUAUUGUCCUGGUGAAAUAUGAAACUCUUAUCCAGGCGUUCAACAGACUGAAUAUGUUUUACCUGGGCUUUGCACCAUUUUUCUUUUGACCCUGCUAAUAUUGUGGAGUGACUCCAAUGUUGUUUAUCUUUUUUUCCCCCAUCUGAGCCAAGGAACUCUAGCUAUUUCACAAUCACCAUGGCCUCGCGGUGACAUUGCAUUACCUUCCUCUCCGGCAGCUCAGUUAGGAUAGAUGGACAGAUCUUUGUGUCGUAUGGGUGAUGUGAUAAAUCAUUCACAGCUUAAUGAUUAACUUGACCCUCUUCUGAUCUGUACUUGCCUAUACAUCUGUUCAUGGAUGUUCUGAAAGCUCCAGGGUAGCUUCGAGGUUAAAUAUUUGCUUGAAAUCUAUUAACCAACUGAGGGACCUUGCAAAGAUGGGUAUUUAUUCUGAAAUAACAUGAACAAAUGUUGUUACACAAAGAGAUGCAAAGGGGGUGAAUAUGUAUGCAUUCAAGCAGAAAUUCAUUUUAGAACAUUUCUACAUUUUGUCUCUCACUUUGAAGAUGUGGUGUAGGAUGUGCAGAUCAGUGAAAAUAAAAUGACAAUGUUAUUCAUUUUUUAUAUUUAACGCAACAUGUGAAAACUGUGCAAUUGAAGUGAAUACUAUUGCCUAUGAUGUUUUUGUACCAUGUUAAAUUGUUUGGUAUAUAUUGUAGAAAAAUAUGAGGAUUCAGAUAUUUUCACUCCUGUGUAACAAGGAAUGGUUGCCAGAAAUGUAUAUGCGCCAACACCACUUUAGAAAUAUGCAACAACACAUUGACAAACAUAGACCAUUGUACUGUAUAUUAAAGUGAUUUUACUUCAAA